GGUCCUGCGGAGCUGAGCAGUCAAGAUGUGUGACUUCACCGAGGACCAGACUGCAGAGUGCAAGGAGGCUUUCCAGCUGUUUGACCGAACAGGUGAUGGCAAGAUCCUGUACAGCCAAUGUGGGGACGUGAUGAGGGCUCUGGGCCAGAACCCUACCAACGCCGAAGUGCUCAAGGUCCUGGGGAACCCCAAGAGAGAUGAGAUGGAUGUGAAGGUGCUGGACUUUGAGCACUUCCUGCCCGUGCUGCAGACUGUGGCCAAGAGCAAGGACCAGGGAACUUAUGAAGACUAUGUCGAAGGCUUUCGUGUGUUUGACAAGGAAGGGAAUGGUACCGUCAUGGGUGCUGAAAUCCGGCAUGUCCUCAUCACACUGGGAGAGAAGAUGACAGAGGAGGAAGUGGAGAUGUUGGUGGCGGGUCGUGAGGACAGCAACGGUUGUAUCAACUAUGAAGAGCUUGUCCAGAUGGUGCUGAAUGGCUGA